CGCAUUGUGUAAAUUGGUGUAAAUCGUGAGUCGAUAGAGAUUGGAUUGCCGCGUCGCAUCUCGCGCCAUCUUGCGUCGAUUGAGCUAGUCAAUCCAUCCAACAUGGUGCUGGAAAGUACGAUGAUAUGCGUCGAUAAUAGCGAUUAUAUGAGAAAUGGGGAUUUCGUACCUACCCGGCUACAGGCGCAGCAAGAUGCCGUCAACUUGGUGUGUCAUUCCAAGACUCGCUCAAACCCAGAAAACAACGUUGGGCUCAUAACUCUUGCUAAUGUGGAAGUGCUGGCGACGCUCACAAGCGAUGUUGGCAGAAUACUGUCCAAACUCCACCAGGUUCAACCAAAUGGAAAGUUAGCUCUUAUCACAGGCAUCAGAAUCGCUCAUUUAGCAUUGAAACAUCGACAAGGCAAAAAUCAUAAAAUGCGCAUUGUUGCAUUUAUCGGAAGUCCAAUAGACAUCGAUGAGAAGGAAUUAGUCAAGUUAGCGAAACGUCUGAAAAAGGAGAAAGUGAACGUUGAUGUCAUAAGUUUUGGCGAAGAGAGCAUUAACAACGAUGUACUAACUGCCUUUGUUAAUGCAUUGAAUGGCAAGGACGGCACGGGAAGUCAUCUUGUCACUGUUCCACCAGGUCCGCAUUUAUCAGAUGCCCUGAUCUCUUCUCCUAUAAUUCAAGGUGAAGACGGAAUGGGUGCAGCCGGCAUGAGUGGUGCCGCGUUCGAAUUCGGGGUCGAUCCAAAUGAAGAUCCUGAGCUGGCGUUGGCUUUGCGCGUUUCUAUGGAGGAACAACGGCAACGUCAGGAAGACGAGGCACGUCGUGCACAGGCUAAUGAGACUGCCGCUAAUAAACAACCAGAAACUAUAAAGGAAGCUCCGAAUGAAGAAGCUAUGUUAAAACGUGCCCUUGCCAUGUCCCUUGAAGGUGCAGACGACUCUACUGCCGCUAGUGAUAAUACUGCUCCAAGCAGAAGCAACGUGCCGGACUUCACUAACAUGACAGAAGAAGAACAAAUUGCUUUUGCUAUGCAAAUGUCCAUGCAAGAUCAGCAAGAAUUGGAAUCCCAAAAGGAAGAAGCGAUGGAUGUGGAAGAGGAUUACGCAGCCGUCAUGUCUGAUCCUGCUUUUCUGCAAUCGGUCCUGGAGAACUUGCCAGGUGUGGAUCCGCAUUCUGAAGCCGUACGCCAAGCCGUUGGAUCGUUACAACAAAACAAAGAUAAAGAUAAAGAAAAAGAGAAAGAGAAGGAGAAAGACAAAGACAAAGACAAAAAAUAAAUGGCUCCUUAGUGCACUGAUAUUUACACUUGUGGCUAAAUUUGACAUUUUCCAUUAUUGUGUAUGAUAUAUUGUAGCUAUUAUAUCUUGCUUAUGAAAUAUAUUAUCAAUUUAUUGAAAAUGCCUAACUUAGUUUUAGUGAUAUCGCGUACGCGUGCGCGCGCGCAAUUUGAGUCAUUUCAAUUGGCGUUUUUAACAGUACCAGUCUGUCAGACUGGUGCGAUCAAUAAUUAACAUUAUGAUAAUAUAUAUUGUAUUAUUUAAAUACACUUUUUUAAGAACUUCACUCUCUUCUGCGAAUUUAUUAUUUUGUCAGCUGUAAGACGGAGUGACUUGACCAAAUCCGAUUAAUUUUAACGCUUGUUUCUACCAAUGUUAAUUUAAACUCUCAGUUCAGUUUGUUUUGCAUCUUUUUUUUAAUUCUUGGAACUGGAAAAAGAUGAAUAUGUGUAAAGUUAAACCUAGAUUAAAAUUAAUCUACAAUAGUAGAAACAGGCGUAAUUGAUUCAAUUCAC